AACUUUGACUGCAUAUCCCUGUUUCCCGCCUCGCUCGGACCGUCGUCCCCAAACACGAGCUUUCGCGGUGCUUCUUUGGAGCUGAUUGGUAUCAGCUCACCUUACUUCACCAAAAUCACCUGCACCACCAUAGGCGCUUUCUCGGCAACGCAGUUGGGCGAGGACCGCCUCGGAAGCCUGAGACGAUGGCUGGAAAGCAGUGUAUGACGCGGUUGCAAAAGGAGUACAAGAGCUUGUUGAAGGACCCGGUGCCGCACAUCACCGCGCAUCCCUCGCCCUCCAACCUACUCGAGUGGCACUUCGUGCUCGAAGGCGCCAAGGGCACGGAGUACGACGGCGGCGUGUAUCACGGCAAGCUGGUGUUCCCCGCGGACUACCCCUUCAAGCCGCCCUCCAUCUCGCUGUUCACGCCUAACGGCCGCUUCGCCACCAACACCAAGCUGUGCCUGUCCAUGACCGACUACCACCCGGAGAGCUGGAACCCCAUGUGGAGCGUGGGCACCAUAUUGACGGGGCUACUCAGCUUCAUGUACGACACACAGGCCACCACGGGGAGCAUCACCACCUCGCGCGCGGAGAAGGAGCGGCUGGCAGCGGAGAGCCUGGCCUUCAACGCCAAGAACCCCACCUUCAGGAAGCUCUUCCCAGCCUGGAUUGAGGAGCUCACGCGGCGAGCCACGGCGGCGGCGCAGCCUGCACCGGCGCAGCAGGCGCAGGCACACGCGCAGGCGCAGCAGGAGCAAGCCAACGGGGAAGUGAGUGGGCAAGCGAACGGACACGCAAACGGCGACGUGGCGGCUGCGAAUGGGGGAGGAGGGAUCUUUGGCGCGGCGCGGCAGGGCGGCGGGGAGCAGCAGAACGGGCAAGCCGGCGGGCGCGGCGGCGCGCCGCCGGGGCGGGGGCUGGGGAAUUCGGUGGUGACGCUGGCCGUUGUGGUGGCGGUGCUGGCGGUGGUGUGGGUGAGCAGCGGCAGCGGCGGCGGCGGAGCGCUGUGGCAGUCCAUAUUCUCACAGGGGGCCGCGGCCGGCGGGCACGCAGGACCCCGCUGAGCCCGUGCCUUCCUCAGCGUGUGAACGUACAACUGGCUGAGGGUAGCAGACGGCAGGACGGUGGUCAGGUGCCGGCGGUACGGUCAGCUCAGUUAGUUGCGCAUGAGGUUAGGGUUAGGGCAUGAGCACGGUAGCUCAUUCAAUCAGCGUCGGGCAGUAACCUUUAUGCCGGCGAAAUGACGAUGGUGACGGUGCAUGGCGGACGGCGGGAUCAACACAGGUUCUGAGCUGCGCCUCCGGGGCCGCAGCGGGCGAGCACAGACAGAGGUGCAUAAAACCAGUAGUACGCAACGCGGGGGCUCUAGCAUAUAGCUGUGGACGCUGCCGGUACAUGGUGCUUGCAGAGUGUCUUGUGUGUUCGCAGGCGCGUGUGUGGUAUGAUGGCAACAUAGUGUGCCGGGGGGAAGUGGACGCAGGAUGUUCUGUUGGCUUGACACUUUGACGUGCCGUACGGUGGUGCGGGCCCGCCGGGACUGUAUGCGCGGCGAUAGCUGUCGUAUAGGACAGUCAGCAAAUACACACCCAGAUGCCCUGGCCGGGCGCCCGGAGCGUGAGUGUUGAGUUCUGGUCGGUUCUGGGUGGCCGUGCUCGCUAGUAGUGUUACAGUGGCACUUGUAUAGCGAUAUACACGACACCAAACUGGUAAAGACUAUGCCCUAUAUAUGGCUCUAGAUCGCCUUCUAUACCCAUCGUAAGGCACGUACCCGG